UAAUAAUGUAUUUGCGGCCUUGGACGUGAAGCGAUCAGUCUUCUAUUGCUGUUAACAUAGCGUCAGGGACUGAUGUCGUGGGAAGCAUGGACCUAAUGAACGGGCAGGCAAGCAAUGUUAAUAUUGCUGCUACUGCUUCUGAGAAAAGUAGCAGUUCUGAAUCAUUAAGUGACAAAGGUUCUGAACUGAAGAAGAGCUUUGAUGCUGUGGUAUUUGAUGUUCUUAAGGUUACACCAGAAGAAUAUGCGGGUCAGAUAACGCUAAUGGAUGUUCCAGUAUUUAAAGCCAUUCAACCAGAUGAGCUUUCAAGUUGUGGAUGGAAUAAAAAAGAAAAAUAUAGCUCUGCACCAAAUGCAGUUGCCUUCACAAGAAGAUUUAAUCAUGUGAGCUUUUGGGUUGUUAGAGAGAUUCUUCAUGCUCAAACAUUAAAAAUUAGAGCAGAAGUUUUGAGCCACUAUAUUAAAACUGCUAAGAAACUGUACGAGCUGAAUAACCUUCAUGCGCUUAUGGCGGUAGUUUCUGGCUUACAGAGUGCCCCGAUUUUCAGGUUGACUAAAACGUGGGCGUUAUUAAGUCGAAAAGACAAAACUACCUUUGAAAAAUUAGAAUAUGUAAUGAGUAAAGAAGAUAACUACAAAAGACUCAGAGACUAUAUAAGUAGCUUAAAGAUGACACCGUGCAUUCCCUAUUUAGGUAUCUAUUUGUCAGAUUUAACAUACAUUGAUUCAGCAUACCCAUCAACUGGCAGCAUUCUAGAAAAUGAGCAAAGAUCAAAUUUGAUGAAUAACAUCCUUCGAAUAAUUUCUGAUUUACAGCAGUCAUGUGAAUAUGAUAUUCCCAUGUUGCCUCAUGUCCAAAAAUAUCUGAACUCUGUUCAAUAUAUAGAAGAACUACAAAAGUUUGUGGAAGAUGAUAAUUACAAGCUUUCAUUAAAGAUAGAACCAGGGACAAGCACACCACGUUCUGCUGCUUCCAGGGAAGAUUUAGUAGGUCCUGAAGUAGGAGCAUCUCCACAAAGUGGAAGAAAAAGUUUGGCAGCUGAAGGAGCUUUGUUGCCACAGACACCACCAUCCCCUCGGAACCUGAUUCCACACGGACACAGGAAGUGCCAUAGCUUGGGUUAUAAUUUCAUUCAUAAAAUGAACACAGCAGAGUUUAAGAGUGCAACGUUCCCAAAUGCAGGGCCAAGACAUCUGUUAGAUGAUAGCGUCAUGGAACCCCAUGCACCAUCUCGAGGCCAAGCUGAAAGUUCUACUCUUUCUAGUGGAAUAUCAAUAGGUAGCAGCGAUGGUUCUGAACUAAGUGAAGAGACCUCAUGGCCUGCUUUUGAAAGGAACAGAUUAUACCAUUCUCUCGGCCCGGUGACACGAAUGGCACGAAAUGGCUAUCGAAGCCACAUGAAGGCCAGCAGUUCUGCAGAAUCAGAAGAUUUGGCAGUACAUUUAUAUCCAGGAGCUGUUACUAUUCAAGGUGUUCUCAGGAGAAAAACUUUGUUAAAAGAAGGCAAAAAGCCUACAGUAGCAUCUUGGACAAAAUAUUGGGCGGCUUUGUGUGGGACACAGCUUUUUUACUAUGCUGCCAAAUCUCUAAAGGCCACAGAAAGAAAACAUUUCAAAUCAACAUCAAAUAAGAACGUAUCUGUGGUAGGAUGGAUGGUGAUGAUGGCUGAUGACCCAGAACAUCCAGAUCUCUUCUUGCUGACUGACUCUGAGAAAGGAAAUUCCUACAAGUUUCAAGCUGGCAGUAGGAUGAAUGCAAUGCUGUGGUUUAAGCACUUAAGUGCAGCCUGCCAAAGUAAUAGACAGCAGGUUCCUACAAACUUGAUGACUUUUGAGUAAAAGCCAAGGAAGAAGAGAGGUGAACCAUUGCUCCUAUGUGAGAGCGAGGACUGAUGCAAGAGCGCCAGCUGUAAACCAUCCCUGUGCCAGGAAGAGCCCAGAGGUUCUGUCUCAGCCUUUGGAGUUCUGAACCAAAAAAGCACUAAUUUCAGGGAAUGAAGUGCGACAUUCCCAGAGAACAAAUUGGAGUUGCAAAACAAACUGCCAUGGACCAUGCUUCUUAUCUCUGAACUGACCUGUGGAAACCACUGCCUUAAAAGAAUGAAAGGAAAACCAACAUGAAACACCAAAUAGUGUGUGUGAAUCUUCUGGCGGUGCUGUGCUUGGAAUAGAUCGUAGCUAAUUUGCAUUUCUUUUAACUUUGUACUGAUUUUGGAGGGGGGAAUCACCUUUUUUAGAUACACUUUAAAAAGGAAAAACAUGUUUCUUAUGGGUUACGUCAGGAGCUGGUUUUGAACUGAGGUGUAAAGAUACUCUAACUUAUUGGUAUUCUACCAGCAGCCUCCCAGAAAGGUUUGUUUAGCCUCCAUCAGUCUGCAGCCUCACUCGCUUUCUCACAGCACGAAUGUAGGAGUUAGAAAUGUUAAUAAUGUGAGUUGUUGGGCUUCGUUUGGGAUGGGAGGGGCGGUUGUUUUAUUUUGGAUGAGGGGAGAUUUUUUUAAACACUAAACUUCUAAAAUUUAGUACUGUGUGAGGAACAUUUUUCCUGCAGGAGGUAUAAAGGCUGAGUGUUCAUAUGCCAGACACUUUUUUCAAGUGGGCUUCAGGAAACAUGGUCGUUUUUAAGUGGGUUUAAGGUUUAGCCUUCUAUAUGAAUUAGUUGUUGGACCACAGAUCUGCUUAGUAGAGACUGUAAUCCCAACUUAAACUUUUCUGAGAAGAUUUUACAAUAAUUACAUUUUUCAUGUCAAUGGAUUAUCCCUUCUACCAGUCCACAGGUGAUUUUUAUCUUCAAGGUGACGUGUUGAUAAUUCGUCCGGAUAUUUUCUUUUACAGUGUUUAAUAUGCACAUUGCCAGUUAUUUUUUUUAUUAUCCAUAUUCAUUUUUUGUUCAAUAUGAGAUUCAAGAUCAUAUUUGUUUAAAAGAGAUUCCACAUAUAUAUGUAUUGUAUGUAUUUUAUUAUAAAGCAUACAAAAUAACUUUAAAAGGGAAAAAGGUGAAAGAUUGAGAUUCUGGGAAUUUUAAGUUUCAAAACUUUCCUUCUCAUACAACUUUCCUUUAUUACAAAACAUUUUUGUGAAAACUUACUAUAGGUCCUACCACAAAACCAUAUUUUGUCAGCGGUUGACCAAGCAGUUUUGUGAGAGCUCUUCUAUGCAAUAACGCAUUUAAUUUCCAAAAUAAAUGUUGAAUUACAAAAAGGAAAAAGAGUUUGAAGGUGAGAUGCCUUAGGAUUUUAGCAAAAAAUGACACUCGGACAAAGACUAUGUGUUGGAUGUUAUAAACUUAUGGGGCAUCAUAAUUUUAGCAGUGCCCAGAGUAAGAAAUGCUUUUUGACUGCUAUCUUCUAAUAGACUUCCAUUACUUUAGGCCUCACAUAAAAUUUCUCAUAUUUGUAUGCUUAGAGAAUUUUGUACAUUUUUUAAAUCAUAAAUAUUUUACUCUUAAAUCUCUGAAACUUAAAUAGAAAAUGUUGCCCACAGAAUAAUUAGCUAAAAAUUUAUCCAAAGGAAAGUAAACGAGUUUUUUCUGAGUGCUAAGUUUUUAAAUUUAGUUUUCUGCUUGGAAAGGAUAUUAAGAGUUCAGAUAUUUUUCUCAUAUAGUAUAGUUAGAAAUACCAUUAUUUCUGGUUUUAUGGAAGGUGGGGCUGGAGAGGGCAAAAUGUUGCCUGUGCUGGAUGAUUUUUCAAUUUAUGACCUCCCAAGCUUAACCCACGUUGGGUACAUAGAAAGACACCAUCUGCGUAGCCAGCAGUAUUACUGUGUAGACCUUGCACAUCUUACUUUUGUUUUGCUUUUUUUUAAAUUCCUUAAUUUGUUUAUUUCUCUUCAGAAAUAAGUGUUUUUAACAUUGUAUCUGCUUUUUAAAAAAUAUUGUGGAUGAGAACCCUGUGGAUUUUUUACUAUUAUUAUGUUGUUUGUCAUAAAUAAGCUAAAAUAGGAAUGUUGCAGGUUAACCAUAUCUGUAGAGAUAUGCAACUGGAAGUCAGAGCCUGACAUCACACAGUUUUGCCAAAGAGAGAGCUAAACUGGAAGAUGUGUUUGAUAUUUUCAGCUCUAAACAUUAAUGGGUGCUUGCACAGAGUAAGAAUAGUGUUCAUGUUCGUAUAUAGAAUUGUGGCUUCUAUCUGACUGAAACUCUUAACAUCACUAUGCAGUAGAAGUUGCCAUUGUUUUUCUAUCUUCAAAUUUGUCCAUUCAAAAGAUUAGUCAUUGCUUUUUAAGAUUAUUUUAGCAUUUGAAGCAAAUGGAAACCAGUGAGAGAAGUGAAUUAAAAUAGUGUAGGUGAAUUUUUUAUCUAUAAUUCACCAAAUGAUAUCUGAUAAUAAUUCAAGUAGAGAAAAUAUGUCACCAAAAUGUAUUAAAUAUUUAGGUAGUUUAUUAGUGGGAAGAUGAAGUUUUUUUCCUCUUAUUAUGCCUACCCUUAAUAAAUUAGUAAAUUAGUGACUCAAAAGGUUGGAAUUUCCAUCAAUAUUAAACUCAUUUAUUUCUCUACUAGCCAAGAACUCAUUAGAAAUCCCAUUAUAAUUUAAAUUUAAGCUAGUUUAUGAUAAGCAUAAUGAUUGGCAUAUUAUACAGCCUGGUGUAGUAGUAUAUAAUACUAACCAAAUACAAUUUGACACACAUCUCAUUUAACAGUUAUUUUGAACAUGUAAGCUUAUUUUUCCUAUGGAAGUAACAUAUUAGCUUUUAAAAUAUAACUAUGAAAAUAACUGCAUAACGACCUUCCAGAGCACUAUUUUUGGUUUCAUGCCCCCUCUGUGUUCGGGCUCUGCUUAUUUUCAGAGGUAUUAAUUUUACUGUAGCCUCCAAACUGUAAGAAUUGAAAGUGAACUGAUCAAACACACCUUCCUAUUCUCUUUUCUUCACUAUGUAAAUAUUAUUUGUGUAAACGUUACAAAAAGGGAUCCAGACAAUUUGAGUAUUUUUUUUUCUCCCUAGGCAUGUGCUUCAAUGACAUUUUUUUUCUGUGUGGAAAAUGCCAUAUAACUAUUGCACUACCUUCUAUAUGACUGUUUUGGUGUUGGGUCUUUCUGUAUGUCAAGAGUUAGGGUGUUUAUAGCUGCAAAGUUUUUGUAAGUGGCUUUAUUCCUCUUCUGGAAGAUUUAUAAGGGAGCCCAAGGAGCACUAUUGUUAUAGAAGGAAAAAAUGUUUACAGUGUCUAGUGUACAUACUCUAUAUAUUAGUUGAAACUGGGGCCCUCUAAGAGCAGCCUAGCCUGUUGAUCUCUUGAGAUUACUAGAAUUUACCUGGCCAAAUGGCUUGAGCAGAAAUCUUUCUUUUUUCUUUUUUUUUAGGUUAAAUCUGUAAGCUGUAUGCCUUUACUCCUGAAAACAAAACUGUAGGACAUUGUAUUAAUUGGAAAUCAAUAAUCAUAGUAGAUUUAAUCCAUUAACUUUUUAAAAGAAUAUAUCCUCUGUUGAUUUCCUUCCUGUUUUUAAGGCACAUUCCUUUAUAACCAGUUUUGAAACCACCAUAUUAUCUUCUUCUGCAAACAAGGGGUACCAGUGUUGCUUAACGGAAGAUAAUCUUUAAUAAAAGAAAUCCUCUGCUUCAAAGGCUUUUGAAAUAAUUGGAUCCCUUUUUGAAAAUGAAGAUGAAUUCGCCUGUCUCUGGUGGAACAGUAGUACUGCUGUUGUGUGAAUAGAUGAUAUAAAGCAAGGGGUGAGGUUUGUCUGGCGUUUUCAGUGAUCUUUUAGGGUUUGCUUUUAUUUUCUCUCUCUUCUUUUGUAUUAUUUCUUUGGAACAUAGUAAAUUUAUGAUUUUACAGCCAGAA